AGUCGUAAGCACAUGUCAACGCUCGCAAGCAAGAUCCUUGUCGUCGCAGGCAUUGGCGCCGGAGGCGGAACUGGGGCAGCCGUCGCACGUCUCUUCGCCAAGUCUGGCUAUAACGUUGCUCUCAUUGCCAGGAACACCGACUCCCUAAAUAAGCUUUCUGAGGAUAUUCAACAGAGCGGCGGCUCUGCUGCACCUUUCCCUGUGAGGAACUAUUCUGGGCCGGAGGUAUCCUCCGCAUUUGCUGCGAUUCGCAGACAAUGGCCGGGAGUCCCCAUCAGGACUGCAGUGUGGAAUGCAGGACAUGCUGUCUGGGAUGCGUUUUUGAAUAUCAAAGAUGAGGAUGUGGAGAAGACAGCCGAAGGUGCCUUCUUCGGUCCCAUCUCGUUCUCAAGGGAAUCAAUCAAAGCAUUCCAGCAACAGGAUCUCGACGAACAGGGAUCCCGCGGUACAUUGAUUUUCACUGGGGCUACCGCUGCUACCAGGGGUAACAUCACAACAUCUGUGUUUGCUUCAGGGAAGUUUGCCUCCCGCGCACUGUCACAGUCCCUAGCUAAGGAGUUUGGAAAGCAAAACAUUCAUGUUGUGCAUGCCAUAAUCGAUGGUUCGAUCGCCACCGACCGCAACGCAGGGGAGGAGAAGACUAAUCCUGACAAAAAUCUCUAUCCGGAAGCGAUAGCAGAGACCUACGAAUUUCUUUCCCGUCAACACCGCUCCGCCUGGACGUGGGAGCUCGAUCUUCGCCCUGCGCACGAGAAAUGGUAGAAGCCAUUUCGACGGCAACGAUGACUAUACAGUUUGUGAUUCCCGGUUGAUGACGAUCGGAGGAUAUAUAUAUUUCCGGCAAUUUACACAGAGUACAUAACACAGUCGUGGUUCAAUCUAUUCCCUCAUUUUCUGCUUUAAUUCCCCUUUCCCCGCUGGCGAGAGAGCCUUUGGAGAAUGGAUCCGCUCAAGAUGGCUCAUUCUCGCUAUCCCGUUAGAUCAUGGGAUGAUCACGAGUGAUCAGAUUCUAACACCACGCGGUUGACUUUGUGAUUCUGCUUUCUGGUGCUGUGCGGCAACAUAUUGAGGAUCAUACUGCCGAACAGGUCCGACCCACUUGCAGUGCCAGAAAUGGCAGUGUGGAAUGGGGAUCGGAG